UGGGUGGAGCGAGGUUUCGGAGGGAGGUGACGCAGGAGCUAUCCAGCACGUCAGCUCCCUGUUUUGGCCCAAAUUGCAAGAAGCUCGCCUGCGGCCACACGGUUAAAAAUGGCCUCAAGGAUGGUCUCUGCCAUGCUAUCUGGCCUUUUGUUUUGGUUGAUGUUUGAGUGGAAUCCAGCAUUCGCUUAUAGUCCACGGACCCCUGACCGGGUCUCAGAGACAGACAUCCAGAGGCUGCUUCAUGGGGUUAUGGAGCAGCUGGGCAUUGCCAGGCCGCGCGUGGAGUACCCAGCUCACCAGGCCAUGAAUCUUGUUGGGCCGCAGAGCAUCGAAGGGGGAGCUCACGAGGGUCUUCAGCAUCUGGGUCCUUUUGGCAACAUCCCCAACAUAGUGGCAGAGUUGACUGGUGACAACAUUCCUAAGGACUUCAGUGAGGAUCAAGGCUACCCAGACCCUCCAAAUCCCUGUCCUCUUGGGAAAACUGCUGAUGAUGGAUGUCUAGAAAACGCCCCCGACACUGCAGAGUUCAGCCGAGAAUUCCAGUUAGACCAACACCUUUUUGAUCCAGAACAUGACUACCCAGGUUUGGGCAAGUGGAACAAGAAACUCCUUUAUGAGAAAAUGAAGGGAGGACAGAGGCGGAAGCGGAGGCUUCCAUGAAGAGCAAUUUCAAUAGGUAGAAGAGACUCCUAUCCACGCAGGGGAGGAGUGUGCAGGGAAGCUACUCGGGCACGACUUUCCUCAAGUAUUCUGUAAGCCAGUGGAGGAAAUGGCUCACACAUCUGUAUCCAUUAUGCAGAUCACAAGACAGCAACCAGGAAGUGUGAAAGUGUAUACUACAGGCCAUAAUUUUGAAUUUCUUCUACAUGUUUUUGUUUUAUAUUAUCCCAGCCAAGCUAGAGUAGCAUGCAUUUGCCUUAUCUCACUUGCUGACUGCCUUGUCUGGUACAGCCUCAGUUAGCUCUCAUUGGAGGAUUGUCCAAGAUGAAUCUUUGGCCUCUGCAUUGUGCAUUUUGCUGCUACUUAUAUAGUGUUGCCUGGUCUAAAUCUGAAUGUCAAGAUUACUUUGGGUUUCCAGUGCAUGUUUAUAGACCUCGGGCUUAACGGUGAUCAAUACCCACCCUGCUAAUCUACUGGUACAUUCCUCUAUCCGACCAAGCAGGAGGGGUAAAAACUUUGCUAUUGCAUAGUAAAGUACUGCCAUAGUAACUGUUUUAGUUAAAAUAUACAAACCAACACAAGGUCACUGGCAAUUUCUUUGGAAUAGCAAGUACCUGGAUCUUGGAAAAAAAUUGGGAAUCUAAUUAGUGACAGUUUUGGCCCAUCUGAAGAGCUUGGCCAAGUACAAUCAGCAAAUGUUUUAAGUGUGGGGUUCCUGGCUUUGGUAUUAAUCAUAAGGCCCCUGGGUUGCUUGACAAACACAGAUCCACAGGCGAUUUCCUAUGCAAGAAGCAGAAAGCUGUUCCAUCUGGAAGCAGAUCUUCUUUGGGAGAAUGGACGGGGUUAUUAGGGUUUUUCUUGGUGAUUACAGCCUCCAAUGGCAGAUGGUGACAGGAAGGGUGUAAUGCGUUCUUGAGAGAACAUCAAGAAAUUCUAUUCUAGGAGCUCAGAAUACACAUAAUUUACCAGGAAGAUGGCUUGAAUAUCUCCCAAUGGUACAACAAGGCCAUUUCCAAAUAAGACCAAUGACUGACCCCAGAUGAAUAACUUAGCAUGCAGCUUUAAUUGUCACUACUUGCUGGUUUACCAUGCCUUCUGCCAGGACUCUGAGGAACUUAGGUUGACUUUAGGUCACAUUUCCAUGAGACUAGUAAUUACCAAAAUUCAAAAUUCUGGCAAAGGUGUAUGUCAUAAAGGAUUUUUACUUUUAUAGCCACUUCUUCCACAUAGACAAGGCUUAAAAUUUAAGGGAAGAAGGGCCCCUGUGACCCUGGGGUAUCACUUCUCAGAUAUCUACAAAGCCCAUUCUCAUUCCUUUAGCCCUGGGCUGCUCUAGACUGAUGGGCAAACGGAACUUAACCUUUCACAGCCCCGCACCUCGGCUGCUGUUCCCUUCUUGAUUGAAGACCUUAGCCACCUUCUCUGGAGCAUGAAUCAAUAUAAAGAAAUCAUAGUUCAGGUAUUUGAAGAAUUAAGGAUUACUCUGAUGAAGCUCACCAUCUACUGAGGAUUUGAAGAGGAAAGCAAGCAAGGGUCCAUCCUAAGCUGUCCUUCCAGUUGUCAGAUGAAUAAUGACCACAUGUAACUUACCCAAUAAUGACUAUACAUAGAUAAGUAUUGUGGGUUCUUUGGAACACACUUGAAACAAAGCACUUAAUUCAUAAUUGAACAUCAAUCCAAAACAAAAGAGGUUUGACUCUGGUGUCUCCCUCUUCCCCUUUUCUCACAACCUUUGAAAUGUUCUGGGACUAGACAGCCUGUCUUGCAACAUGGAAGUUUCUUAGCAAGGGGACAGAUCCCUAAAGUUGCAGCCAAAACCCCAGGUCAUUUUCUGUGGCUUUUAUAGUCAUUCCAGGUCAUUUGAGUUCCUGGUUGCUUCACAUAUAAAAGAUCAAUUAAGCGAUUUUGAGGAUAUUUUAACUCUGUAGCUGGUAUCUUGAUACUAUCUAAAAGCCACUCGUUAUCUUAGACAGUUUAUCAGCUAUAGUUCCAAGUUGACAAAUAUGAAUAUCUCAUAUUCUCUUUUAACGUGUGAGAAUUUUAAGAAAUUAAUACUGUUAUAAAACUUUUUCUUAUUUUUUUUUAAAAGU